UGCACGAAGAUUCUUGAAUGUUGCAUCAUAAACAAUAUCAGAAACAACUCUAAGAUUAAACCCUAAUAAAAAGGGUUUUACAGAUUCAUUUUAAAUCUCUCUCUCUCUCUCUCUUUCUCUCUCUCUCUCAAUUUUUCAAUUUUUCCUUCACUGUAAAGAUUUUUUUUAUCCGAGUUUGGCUUUAUCUUUCUUGGCUGCUUAAAGAGUACAUGCUUAUUAUUAGUUCUAUAUAUGGGCUUUUGGAUUCUUAGAUUUGAUUUUCUCUUCUUGUUUACGUUUUUGUAAAUUCAUCUUCGUUUUGUUUUUAUAUAUAUAUAUAUAUUUGUGCAACUUUCUUUAAGAAAAUCUGUUUAAGGAUUUCCCAACUCUUUUUUUUUUUUUCGUUAGAAAAUUUUUCCAACGAACAAGUUUGAUGCUGUUGAUCGUAUUAUUAUAAAGAUCAUCGCCUAUAUUUUUGUAUUUAUAUUUUCCCAAAUCCUUGCUUUUGAUUUCAUAAAUAUUUUAUAGUAAAGCAUACAAGUGGUAGAUUGUUUGGCUAUGGAGGUAGUGAAGGUAGAUCAGUCAAUCUGUGCGUACAAACAAACCAGAGGCCCGAAGAAGAUAAGCCGGGCUUUCAGCUCCAUACCAUCAGAGAAUCUUGCACCCAUAAACAGCCAUGGCGGUCUGUUGAGCGCUCCUCCACCUAGUCUGUCAUAUUCCUAUCCCCCCACUCAUCAUCACUACUACAGACAACCUCCUUUGCUUCCUCUGCCGGUUUCAAGGCCUCACCACGGCCACUCUCCUCCUUCUAGAAGCCGAGGCCUCUCGUGUCCUCCUACCACGGGAAAGACCAACAAAGCCAGAGACAACCCCAUCGCUACCACCCCAAAGAAAUCAAAAUCAAAACCACCUUGUGUUUCUAAAAUCGAUCAAGAAGAAACUAAGCAGCAGCUGCAUACUAAAUCCAUGAAGUCUGGGACUGGGAGUUUGAUUGUGACUUCAACGAAUCGGUUAGGACCCGAACCGAAUGAUCUUCCAAAAGACGUUUCAAAGGUGUUAUGGAAGAGUAAUUGUUGUGUGAGUAUUGAGGGGGAUUUGGACAAGUUUUCGGGAUCGGUGUUUAGUCUGGCACCGCCUCCGAGCAGCCUGCCGCUUCCGAGGUUUUCCGUGAGGCCAAAGCUCAGUUGCAACGCCGAAGCUACUGGCAUAGAUGCUGGUGCUACCGACAAUCUCUGCCGUCUUCUACGUCUCCGCUGACCUCCUCCUUUCUUUUACUUCCCGUUGACGAUAUAAGUCGAUCGCUCUGGCCUUUGCAAUACUAUCACUCUUAACUGCCAUUGAUUUUCUUCUUCUUCUUCUUCUUCGUCGUCGUGUUCUUUUUUUUUUUUUUUUUUAAGGUGGUUUUGUUUUUCAGUAAAUAAAAGAAUCAGCAAGGCUGAUUCUAUAGAUAUAUUUUUUCUUUUUUUUCAAAUUCUCCUUGUUAGUCUCUUAAGGAAAUUUGUGUUCGCCUGUUAUUUUUUUGAUUGGGAACACAAAAUCCAGCUGUUCGUGAUGGGUUCAUAGUUUUACUUUUUCCUUUGGCUGUAAUGUUUUUUUCAAUAUUAUGUAUUUUUUUUAUUUAUAAAAAAACAAUAUAUGUAA